UUGUAUAUAUAUAGAGUAAAACGAGAUGCUCGUAGCUUGGCUUCUAUGGCUUCCGUCUCCUCCCCUCGAGUACCUAAUUCGCAAUCGUAUCCCAGCGCAGCGAGGCUUUCGGAUUCCCUUUGCUUCCCUCAGUACACCGCUUCUCUCAAAUGUCUGGAAGUUAACUACCAAGAUAAAAGCAAAUGUCAAUUGCUAUUUGAUGAUUACAAAGAAUGCAAGAAGAAGGAGAGGGAGGCUCGGCUUGAGCGCAAUCGACACAGAUCCUUCUUCCAGUAAAGAGCUUCAUAGGAUUAAAUUUCAAAUUGUCAAAGUCCAAGAACUUAGCCAGAACCAACACUUUCUAAAUCACCCAAUGUCAUCAUCUUCCUCUUCUCCGAUGAAUGGCAAACUCGACUACUACUACUUGCUCAUCGGCUUCACACUUGUCUUCAUUGCACUCCUCAUCAUCAGUGCCAUCACAAUGGGUUGUUGCACUUGGUUUCGAUAUCAAUUCCUCUCAGUGCGUCGCUUGCUCAUCCGCGAGCAUAAUGACUUGGAAAUGCGGCGUUGGAUUCCAACAUUCAAAUAUCACAAGAAAGAAGCGGGGGUUGGGGAGGAGGAAGAGAAAGCUGCACCAGAAUGUGUGAUAUGCCUAUCACCAUUUGAUGAAGGAGAGGAGGUUAGCCAAUUGCCAUCAUGCCGACAUUUAUUUCAUGCAGGUUGUAUUUACUUGUGGCUCCACAGAAAUAAUAAUUGUCCAAUUUGUCGUGCCAUUGUUUUAUUACAUGCUAUUAAUAUGUCAAUGUAGUUUAGUUCUCUUAA